AUGGCGGAGGAUGGGAGGGAAGAGUCUGUAGCGGCUGACGACGACUCACAACACACAGCUGAAGACGGGAGAAACGGCUUAAACAACACGAUGGUGGAAGAGAGCCCCACUCUCCUGCGCAGGAUGGAGAUCUGUGUUGCCGAGGCUGAGAAAAGGAGUGGGAAAAAUGCAGUGAACAUGCAGGAGACAUUUACCGUCUACCUUAUUGAAACACGGCCAAUGGAUGCUCUCGCUGAAGGCCGUAACCCAGCUCCCGACUCUCUGUGGAGGAGAUACAGUGAAUUUGAGCUGCUGCGGAACUACCUGUUAGUUACCUUUCCAUACAUCGUGGUCCCUCCUCUGCCCGAGAAGAGGGCAGAGUUCGUGUGGCACAAGCUGUCGGCAGACAACAUGGACCCAGACUUUGUGGAGCGCCGUCGGGUGGGGCUGGAGAACUUCCUGCUGCGUGUGGCAUCACAUCCGGUCCUCUCCAACGACAAGAUCCUCCACCACUUCCUCACCGAGGAACAUGGCUGGAAGGAAGUGGUGUAUGAGACGGGAUUUCAGGCAAAGGCAGAUUCCAGGCUGAAAGCUCUCAGCGCCACCUUCAGGGUGAGAAACCCAGAUAAACGCUUCAUGGACAUGAAACACUACAGUGAUGAGCUGCAGUCUCACACAUCUCAGCUGCUCCGGGCACGAGCUAGGGUUGCAGAUCGACUCUACGGCGUCUACAAGGUCCACGGGAACUAUGGGAGGGUCUUCAGUGAGUGGAGCGCCAUAGAGAGAGAGAUGGGGGAUGGACUGCAGAGUGCCGGUCAUCAUAUGGAUGCAUAUGCUGCCUCAAUAGAUGAUAUCUUAGAAGAAGAGGAACAUUACGCGGACCAACUGAAAGAAUAUCUCUUCUAUGCUGAAGCUCUGAGGGCAGUGUGCAGAAAACAUGAGCUGACCCAGUUUGAGCUCGAGAUGGCCACACAGGACCUGAUCUCCAAGAAGCAGCAGCAUGAGGAGCUCUCUACAGGGAUUGUUCGGACGUUCUCCUUCAAAGGCAUGACCAACAAGCUUUUUGGCCAAGAGGCACCCGAGCAGAGGGAGGCCAGACUGAAGCUGCUGGAGGAGCUGAUAGAGGAGGGGGAGGAGGCGGUCAAGGACAAAACAGUCGAGUGCGAAGAACAUGUUGAAAAGGCAUGGGUGGAUAUGCAGCGCUUCAAGGAGCAGAAAGACAAAGAUCUGCGGGAGGCGCUCAUCAACUACGCUGUCAUGCAAGUCAGCAUGUGCAAAAAGGGAAUACAAAUGUGGAGCAAUGCCAAAGAAUGUUUCCUAAAGAUGUAAAGUUGAAGCCAUAUUCAAAGGAUUUCAGCGAUGCUCCGUUGUGCAUGCUGGGAAAUGAUGCCAAUGUGAGCUAGUUGAGGUUUGAAAACAACCACCGUAAACAAUGCACAUAAAGAUUAUGUCGUUUCAAGCAUUUAUACAAAAUAAGUUCAUAUGCAACUGAUUUUCAGCAGUGAUUUACAUUCACUGCUAAGCUUUUUUGUAGUGAAAAGUGUUGGGAGGGUGGGAUGGAUCACACAAAAGCACAUGACUUGGACACUGGAGACCAGGGUUAACAUUCUCAAUAUUUACCCAAGACCAUUUUUUUGUCACAAUAAAGAGACACUGCAUGGUAAAAGAAGAUGUAGAGGGCCAGUUUAUAAAAUGGGUUUACAAAGGAAUGUUAUAGUAUCAUGUCCUCCCCUUUUCAGUGAAGCACUUCAUCUCCACUUUAUGACUGCAAUGUUCUGACAGCUCAUGAUGAUUUGGGGCUUUCCCCUGCCGUGAACCCUAGUGUUGGCUCUGUUUUCAUGCUGACUUCAGUGUUUAUAGCAUGGGCCCAAUGCCCUCAGGCUGCUCCUACCCCUAUGUUGUUUUGUUCUAAUAUUCAUGAGUACUAAUUGGGAUUGUACACCUAUGUUACCAGUUUGGUUUGGUUAAGGUAACCUUAAGGUAGGUCUGACAUUUCUUAAUCAAACUGGCCAAACAUGUGGACGAAGACGCCCUGAAAAAAGAGGAUCUCCACACUAAAAGUCCCUUGUUAUUUUUGAUGCCUUGUAUUUAUUGGUGACUAGCCGCUACUUUUUCUUUUUCUAACAUCAUUUGUUUAAUUUAUUUUAAAGACAUUCAUGCUUUAAAUUAAUCAAUCAAAGUGAAGAGUCUACAAGAUGUUGAUUACUUGUAACCAUGUCCAGGGCAAUGUAUUGUACUAAUGUACAGUAAACUGCACAGAAGAUUAUCGAUACUCAGCCUAAAAUUCUAUUUAGUUUAGAUUAAAUAUGACCUUAAUUUAUUGACUGUUUAAAUAACAUGAUAUAUGACGUGUCCGAGGCUUUCCAGCUAAAAGCUUUGUGAGUGUAUUUAAGUGAGUUUUGAUAACUCCAUUUACCCCUUACCUUUUUAUAUUUCUAAUGUUGAUGCUCAAUUUGGAUGGAUAUCUCUUGUUUGUUUAUUAAUUUAUUUGAAUAAAC